GUUUCGUUUGACGUUUAAAUUUGUGUCUGUCAUUGUCACUUUGUGUUUUGUGUCCAAGCAAAAAUUUACGGUUUUUGUACCAUUUAAUUUUCUAUAAAACCCGCGUAGCUUACUCGGUAACUACCAAUUAAUUAAUCAACAUGUUUCUCACCCGUUCCGAGUAUGACCGUGGAGUCAACACGUUCAGCCCCGAAGGGCGGCUGUUCCAGGUGGAAUAUGCCAUUGAGGCGAUCAAGCUUGGGUCUACGGCCAUUGGUAUCUGUACUUCAGAGGGCGUUGUGUUAGCUGUUGAGAAGAGGAUCACGUCCCCUCUCAUGGAGCCCACGACCAUCGAGAAGAUCGUGGAGGUGGACCGCCACAUCGCGUGCGCCGUGUCCGGCCUGAUGGCUGACUCAAGAACAUUGGUGGAGCGAGCCCGCAUGGAGAGCCAGCAGCACUGGUUUGUGUACAACGAGCGCAUGAGCGUGGAGUCGUGUGCACAGGCCGUGUCCAACCUCGCUAUACAGUUUGGAGACAGUGAUGAUGACAGCGGCACCGCCAUGUCUCGCCCGUUCGGUGUUGCUAUCAUGUUUGCAGGUAUAGACGAGAAGGGCCCCCAGCUGUACCACAUGGACCCGAGCGGCACGUUCGUGCAGUACGACGCCAAGGCCAUCGGCUCCGGCAGCGAGGGCGCGCAGCAGAGCUUGAAGGAGGCCUACCACAAGUCGAUGACCCUCAAGGAGGCCAUCAAGUCCGCCCUCACCAUCCUCAAACAAGUGAUGGAGGAGAAGCUCUCAGAGAACAAUGUGGAAGUGGUGACCAUGACUCCGGAGGGCAUGUUCCACAUGUUCACCCGGGAACAGCUGGCUGAGCUUAUAUCGGCAAUACCGGAGCUUCAAUGGAGUGAGAAUAGUUCGAGGAACACCAUUCAAGGGAUGUCGAAGCUAAAAUUACAUGAGAACGAACAAACCGUUUGAAACUUACGAACUAAUAUAACGCACGCGAAUAAAGAAUCAAUGUGAAAAUGGUGGCCGUUACAAAAGUGGGAGUGGGAAGGAGUAUAUAGGAGCGAGAUAGCAUGAGUUCGUCCGCCAUUUUCAUUUUGCUUCUUUUUAAGUGCGACUUAUUUCGUUAUUAUUUAAAUUAAACCCUUGUUGAUUAGCUUGAUUUCUUUGCAGAUUUAAGAAUAAAAUGCUAAUUGUAUUAAAAUUUAA